CCCCUGAGAUUCUCCCUUGGGGCGUGCUUUUCAUAGCAACUUUGAGCCGAGUAUAUAUGAUGGCGAAUUUCAGAAAUAUAUCCACACUACCAUCAUGUCUGUCCACGAUAAGCACGAUAUCGACUCUGAGAAGCACGGAGGCAACUCUGCACCCAGUGUUGUCCUUCAAGUUCAAGAAGACACAGCAGAGGUCGACCUCGCUACGUUUCACGAACUACAUGCAGGUAGACUGGUCAUUGAUCCAGCAGAGGCGAAAAUCGAGUUCGGCGAGGUUUUCGCCUCCAAGCUUAAGCUCUCUCGGGACGGGACCAAAGUCCUGUGGCCUCAACCAACAGAUUCGCCGCGCGACCCCCAGAAUUGGACCGAUGCACGCAAGAGCAUCUACCUCAUUAUCAUCACGCUAACCGCUAUCGUUCCGGACUUUGACAAUGGCAUAGGAAUCGCGUCCAUCUUUCGGCUUGCUGAGCAAUAUGAUACUACUACCGGAGUGAUUAAUAAUUUGACAUCCAAUUGGAGCAUAUUUCUGGCAGGGUGGGGGGGAAUAUUCGCUAUCAUGCUCAUUCGCCGCUACGGGCGUCUUCCAGUUCUAUUUUGGUCGCAGGUCUUCGCGGUUGGCUUCCUGGUGGGAUGUACAUUCGCGCCGGAUCUGGCAACUUUUGCUGGAAUGAGAUGUUUAACGGCUUUCUUCGGAACUGCACCUCAAGUCGCGGGAUUAUAUAUCGUUACGGAUUUAUAUCCUUUUCACCUGCAAGCGCGGAAGCUCAACUUCUGGACAAUGGGAUUCAUUGUCUCCCCGUUCAUCUCUCCAUUCGCUUUUGGCUUCCUUGUUGCCCGACAAAACUGGAGGUGGGCCUAUGGAAUUGGUUGCCUCUACAGUGCCGUCGUAUGCGUCCUAAUCGCACUUUUCAUGGACGAAACGGUGUAUGACCGAGCUGUGAAACCCAUUCCAGAACCAGUCACCACGGGCCUUCAUUAUAAAAUCGAAACACUCAUCGGUAUCACCGGAAUUAAAAUGGCCAGGUACCGAGUAUCUUGGGCGGAAUCAAUCUUCUCACCCUUUAAUGUCGUAUGGCGGCCUCACCUUCUUGGGAUUCUGCUCUUCGAGGGUAUCUUAUUUGGGUUUGGUAUCGGUAUCAAUGUCACGAAUGAAGUGUUCUUGGGAAGCCCUCCUCCAGUCGGGUUCGGCUGGAGCCAGGACGCUAUCGCUGGAGCAUAUGGUACACCGAUUGUAUCUGUACUUUUGGGUGAAUUGGCAGGUCGGUAUACGAAUGAUUGGAUUAUGAAUCUGAGUAUCAGACGCAAUCAUGGUGUCUUCGAAGCUGAGAGUCGACUUUGGGCUUGCUAUAUUGCUCUGCCUUUGUACAUAUGCGGUUUCGUCACCUUGGGCGCAUCGAUACAGAAUCAUCUCAAUACUGCCGGUAUCGUCAUGGGCUGGGGUACUGCAGAGCUGGCUAUCAUGAUCCACACCGUGGCUAUAUACGCGUAUUGCAAUGACUGCUUCCCGAAACACCAAGGUGAAAUCAGUGCUCUGAUAAAUCUAGCGCGUGUCCUCGGAGGCUUUGCGGUCGCCUAUUUCCAAGUUCCUUGGGCAGAAAAACAUGGUGCCCUUCAAACAUUUGGUUGUGAAGCAGCAAUCGUAGCGGGACUCUUCGUUCUCAUUAUUCCUGCCAUGCAGAUCCACGGACGGAGUUUACGAGAACGCUUUUCGGUUGCUUGAUUUUUUUUACUAAGUAGAUACAUGCCGACGGUGCUCACUAGUGUAAUUAUUGUGUACGUAUUAGUCUCGGAAGAAUUGUGCUGCUACUUUAAUAAUCAGCAGGAACUCGGAAUGUUUUU